AUGUUUGCAGCAGAGUCGAGGAAGAGAAGGGCAAGCGUGAACAACGAGGGUCAAUUGGCCGCUAAACGGUACCAUGCAGGUGCACUCUCAACACCGUACAAGAACUCCAUACCCAUGGAACUGUCCAGUUCCCCCACGAGCGAGGCGUUGUUUUCUAGUGUCGCGAGAAACGACCAGUUGCUCAUGAGUUCCCCUCCAGUGGCCGCUUUGAAAAGGAAACAGGUGCCCCAACUACAUACUCCUAUCCGGCUGUGCCUGAAUAUCGGGACAGACGGGAAGGCACACAUUGGGUCCCUGUCGUCUCCGGAAACCCCCCCCACGAAGGUGCUGGAUGCUGGAAGGGCUGUAGAGGAGGAUAAGGAGAACUCGUUGCUUACAGAGGUCUCGCAAAUUGGGGAGAAGAGCAAGAUCUUAAAUCUGCUCAAACAGAUGAAAAACGGAGGCAAUUCCCCCACUAAGCAGAGGGGAAAGCGUGCUGGAGCAACGGCACCACCAGUGCAUGUGCCAGCACCCGCACCUGCGUCACCACCGCGUGAUCAACACCCGUCGCAGCCAUUGAGUCCAAUUGCACCAAAUAACAGCAACAGACUCUCCGCGAACUAUAUGCCGCACGCACCAGCGACCCCGGGAUCAAACUUUAACUUGAGCUAUAUACGCACGGGGCUCACCCCGAACAUCUCAUCCAUGGACAAGAUCUUGUUCGAUAACAUACAAUCGUCGUACGCACAGCAGACACCACACCGCACAGAGAACAAAAAUAACCUACGCAGCCAGCUGAUUAACUUACAACAUACACUGUCUCCAAAACUGUACUCUGCAGCGAAGAAGACCUCCCCACAAACGGUAACACCCCGUUCAAAGUACACGGGCGGUGACCCGCUGCUGAUGGCGUACGAUGACCAUUGGUCCGACAUCAUGAGCCAGAACGGGGGCACCAACGUGAUGGCUACCCCGCAUGGGUCAGCACCAACCACUGCCAUCAAGAACUCGAACUCAAUGAGCGCAUUCGGGACCCCAAGUCUCAAAGUCACAGAACCAGAGACACCCAGGACACAGCAGUCCAAUUUGACCACCGCGGGUGUCACGAACAGUUCUCCAGCCCUCAUGCCGAACAGCAAGACGCAAGCGCAGCUCAACACAAGAGGUUCUGCCCAGAGUAACAGCACUUUACAGUGCACACCUUUGAUACAACAAUCGAUGGCUGGACUACUGAGCGCCAAGAUGUUGCCCAACAUGGCUGUCUCGCCAAAGGGGACCCACGAGACGCCAGAACCGAUAGACGAAUUCCAAUCCGAGACGGUAACGGACGACGCCUGUACAGCAUUGAAGCAGCUGAUCUACCGCCCGUCCUGA